AUGAGAUCCUUUGUAACAAUGCAGUCUUGCAAAAGGUACGUGCUGUUCGCUAUUCUUAUUCUUUGGUUUUUCGUUCACAAUAUUUCGACAUCAGUGACUCAUUAUUCAAUACCCGAGGAGAUGAAAGAAGGAUCAGUCGUCGCUAACCUUGCUACCGAUCUCAGCCUGGAUGUUAAAACACUGAAUCAGAGGAAGAUGCGUCUUGACAUCAUUGCAAAUAAGAAAUACCUGGAUGUGAACAAAGAGACUGGUGAACUGUAUAUUGUUGAGAAGAUUGACAGGGAAUACAUUUGCACUACAAAGUCAUUAGCGUCUUGUUAUCUCAGACUGGAGGUAAUAUUAGAAAAUCCACUACGAAUUUUUAAUAUAGAAGUAGAGAUUUUGGAUAUGAACGACAACGCCCCACAAUUUCGACGAGACGCCAUACAUCUAGAUAUAUCUGAAGCAACGCCGAAAGGGGAGAGAUUCUCUCUCAGUAAUGCAGUUGAUCCGGAUGUUGGAAGCAAUUCAGUGAAAACAUACCAUCUGACUGAAAGUGAACAUUUUAAUAUUGAAGUUCAGACUGGCAGAGAGGGGUCAAAGAUGGCCGAUUUGAUCUUGAAAAAGACUUUAGAUCGGGAGCAGCAGGCUGUUCAUAAUUUAAUACUCACAGCUGUAGAUGGAGGCACACCUGCUCGUUCUGGCACUGCAAGUAUUAUUGUGCAUGUUUCCGACACAAAUGACAACGCUCCUAAUUUUGAAAAAGUAAAUUACAGUUUAGAAAUAAUGGAAAAUUCUCCCAUAGGAAGCCUUGUUGUUCAUCUCAAUGCAACAGACUUAGAUGAGGGGUCAAAUUCUGAUAUUACCUACUCAUAUAGUCUAUAUACGUCAGAGAAAACGCAGGAAACAUUUAAUUUGAAUCCUUCCACUGGUGAAAUUACUGUCAAAGGAAUGUUGAAUUAUGAGGAUUUCAGGAUUUAUGAUAUGGAAGUUAUAGCUACUGAUAAAGGAGCGAAUAGUUUAUCAGGACAAUGUACUAUAAAGAUUAUGGUUGAAGACAUGAACGACAACCAUCCAGAAUUAUCUAUUAAAUCAUUUCAGAGUCCAGUCAAUGAAAACAUAGAGUUAGACACAGUAAUAGCAGUAGUUAGUGUCAGUGAUAAAGACUCAGGUGACAAUGGAGUGGUUGAUCUUCAUAUUCCAGAUAAUAUGCCUUUCAAACUGAGGGAGUCCUCUGAUAACUAUUAUGAAUUAGUAGUGUCAGAGCCAUUAGACCGUGAGAAGGUUCCAGAAUAUGACAUCACGUUCACUGUGACAGACAGAGGUUCUCCUCCUUUAUCUGACAAUGAAACUAUGACGUUAGAGCUGCUGGAUGUUAAUGACAAUGUCCCACAGUUCCCUCAGUCAUUUUAUACCAUACGCGUAAUGGAGAAUAACGCACCUGGGGCCUUGCUCAGUUCCCUCACUGCGUUUGACCCUGACCUCCAUGAAAACCAGUACCUAGUUUACUUCAUCCUAGAGAAGGAGAUAGCCAACACCUCUAUGUCCAUGCUGUUCUCCAUCAAUCCAGAGAACGGUAAUCUUUACGCACUAAAAACGUUUGACUAUGAGAUCGAGAAGGAGUUUCUUUUCCACAUCGAGGCCAGAGACUCUGGCUCUCCUCCACUCAGCAGUAACGUGACGGUCCACAUCAUCAUUGUGGACCAGAACGACAACGCUCCGGUUAUUGUCUCUCCGUGGCGCGCGCACGGCUCGGUGGUGGAGGAAAAGAUCCCCAGAUCCACCGAUAAAGGCUCUCUGGUUGCCAAGGUGAUAGCCUUAGACACCGACUCGGUGCACAACUCUCGGAUUACCUACCAGUUUCUCCAGGUGACUGACGCCACCUUGUUCAGUCUGGACCAGUACAACGGAGAGAUCCGGACUAUGAGGAUGUUCAGUUACAGAGACCCGCGCCACCAGCGACUGGUUGUUGUUGCCAAGGACAACGGGGAGCCUGCUCUCUCUGCUACAGUCACCAUCAAGCUGUCCACAGUGGAGACUGUCGUUAAGGCCUACUCUGACAUGACGGAGGUGCCUCUGGAAUAUGACAUCUUUUCAGACCUAAACCUGUAUUUGGUCAUCGGUCUGGGCUCGGUGUCGUUUCUCCUGCUGAUCACCAUAUUGGUCACCAUCGUGCUCAAGUGUCAGAAACCCAAGCCCAGCAAAGCGGCUCCUCCCUGCAGGAACAGUGUGAUCAGUGAGAGGAACUCCACCAUCGCAGAUUCCACUCUGGUCUCCAACGAUGCCUACUGGUACAGUCUGUUUCUAGCAGAGACCAGGAAAGGAAAGCUGGUGGUUAGACAGCCUGUGCCAAAGGGCUCCAGAUACAUCGUGUCCAGUUUACCAAGAGGCACAGGACUGACAGACACUAGUGACUCAGCAGCCUCCACUCUGCAGUAUGCAAAGAGUGGCGCUGUUUACUCGAAAAAACACCAGGCCAUGAACGCCAUGACGGUGAACCUUUGUUAG